AUGAGUUCCUCUUCCAACGGCGGGAAGAAGCCGGCGGCCGGCGGCGGCCGUGGGGGCCCCACCAUCCGCACGCUCUCCGACUUAAACCGCGGGCCCGCCGGCUUCCCUGGCGCCGGAGGUGGCGGCAGCGGCAGCGACGACGACGAGCCCCAGGAGUACUACACCGGCGGCGAGAAGAGUGGAAUGCUUGUUCAAGAUCCAACACGAAGAAAUGACGUGGAUGCGAUAUUUGAACAAGCCAGGCAGGCGGGUGCUAUCCAUGGAAUGCCCCCUUUUCUUGACGACGAGUCUUCCAGCUCUAGGAGCUUUACAGGGACUGGCCGACUUCUUACAGGGGAGACAGUGCCAUCUGUUGCACCUCAGGAAUCAGCACCAGUUCGAAUACGCCACAAUAUACAUUUGUGGAACAAUGGCUUUAGUGUGGAUGAUGGUCCACUGAGAUACUACGAUGAUCCUGAAAAUGCAGAGUUCCUUGAGAGCCUUAAGAUGUCAAAGUGCCCCAGGGAGCUGGUGCCUACUGAUGGAGAACAUGUUGAUGUGUCUGUUAUCAAAAGGAUGGAAGAUUACAGGGAACCUGUAAGGCCUCGAUCAGCUUUCCAGGGUGUUGGAAGAACCCUUGGUGGUGGACCAUCCCCAGAUGAGAGUGCAACACCUGCUCCUGCAUCAGCGUUCAACAUGCACCACACCGUGGGAGACAUCAGGUCCUUCAUCGACGCAUCUCAGCCUGGAGCUGCAAGGCCUUAUCAGCUGCAGACGGGUUUCCCACCCAAGCAGCUGGCUGACCCAACACAGACCGUGGAGCAAGCUGGGCUGGCAAACUCGGUUAUCAUGCAGAAGAUGUAA